UCGAAAAAGUACAACGUAAAUGACCUAAACAAUAGUUCGCAGCGCUGUUCAAGAUGGGUUUUAACGUUGGAGCCUAUUGGCGACACACUGUGGUUGUCGCUGUGGGGAUAUUGUUAUUUUAUUUGAUAGCUUUUAAACGAAAACAAGUACUCGAGAGUGCCUUUUUUACGAACAAUGCAAGCCCGCAGUUGCACCCACAGAACGGUGACCUGAUACUAACCGAAGCCGAGCUGUCGAAAUUCGACGGCAAAGAAAGCGACCUACUGUAUCUCGUCAUAUUGGGGCACAUUUACGAUGUAACGCAAGGUUUCAAACAUUAUGGACCUGGACAGUCAUAUCACAUGUUUGUCGGCCAUGAUGCAACGCGAUCUUUUGUUACUGGUGAAUUUAAGCAGUACUCCACAGAGCUGAGCGAUGUUUCUGCACUGAAAGAAGCGGAACUGCAGCAGCUAUUCACGUGGAAGGAAUUCUACGAUAAAACCUAUCGUUACGUGGGCAAAUUAAGCGGACGUUACUUUGAUUCGCUGGGACAUGACACAGCGUAUUAUCGACACGUCAUGGACCGUGCUGCGAAGGCAAAAGAUAGCAAGGAAAACGAACGCGAAUAUCCUUCCUGCAAUGUCGAGUGGAAGCUUGAAACGGGCACCCGGGUAUGGUGCACGAAUCGUAGCGGAACUGGCCAAGAACGAUCGUGGGUAGGUCGGCCUCGAAAGGUUGUCGCCGACGAUGACGAUGGCGCUCAGAGUAUACAGUUUUGUGCCUGUGUACCGGCAGAUAUUACAAGCGUACAAUACCUUCCAUUCCCAGGAUGCGAAACUACGGCAGAAUCUUGCAUUGUUCCGGAUCAAAAGUAGAACCAAUCUAUCACCUGGUUGCUCUCUCCGUCCAUUAUACGUUUGCUUAGCAUGGCGUAAUAAUACGAAAGAAACCUGCGCAUAUCACAUAGAAAGUAAGGGCAAACAUACAUGUUGGGAAUAUUUUUUACAAUGAAUUUUACAAUAGAAAUUUAUUACUGCAUCCAGUACAAGUAAAUCCAAUUAAUUCAGAAGUAAAUGGUAAUAAUA